AUGAACGUGACGGGUGACGACCAGGCUCUCCCCGCCGAGGGGCGGGCCGAAGACUUACCAGCCAAGCGGCUGCCCACUUACACGAAUGGGCAGGGUUCCGGAAGCACUGAUGACACCCAAAGUUCUGAUGCGUCAUGGGUCGAUGUUGCCCGAGAACCCCCCUCAGCACUCGGCGAGGAGGGCAGUCGUUUCCCAUCCACGGCAACGCCCUGGCCAGUUUCCAUAGGCCCCACUCGUCCAGUCAAUCUUCUCCCUAGGUGCGAUGACGGGCUUAUCUGCCAGCCUUGUCUAGGCCGCCUGACUCCACUCGGAGCUGUUUGUCUUCGUUACGAGGUAUCUGAUGCCGCUCUCUAUCGCCUGCAGAAGCAACCGGCUCAGAGAUCGAGCCGACGGUGGGCAACGAUGGAAAUGGUCGACCUUGAUGCCAAGGACUGGGCAUCGAGUGACAUAGUGACCAUCUACGUCACUCAAACCAUUUUACAUGCUCCGAUUGAACUAAGAAUGCGAAAGUACAUCCCAAAUAGUACAGAUGUCACUUUCAGAUCGUGGUGGGACGGUUCAGAAAUGAAGAGAUACGACAUGCCGCCAUAUGCCAUCGCUAAUUUGGCAGAAGCAACUCAGUCAUAUCGCACCAUCAUGGACCAGUAUGUGAAGGCAUUUGUCGAGGCUACAAUAGGUUACCGUGACGUAUUGAUACAGACGACAUACUAUGCCGCACUCUGGCAUGCGGAACACACACAGGACCUCAAGGAGAAAGAAUUUCUGAUAACAAUAUUUCGAUUCUGGGUCGCAUGUCGCAUCACCUCCAAUCCGUCGCAAAUUAUCGGCGAGGAGACGCUUGGGCUAGAUCCCAUCAACGACAGAAGUUCCAAGAUGCACGGCAAGGUGCCACUCCCCCCUAUUAUCACACCCCAGGAGCAGGUCAUCAUUUAUUCCGGAUUUCUCAUUCCUCUGAGCCAAAAAAUCGUUUAUCUGCUUGGGCAGUUCCUCAAGGACACGAAUCCCAAGGUCCGGUAUACAUCUUACUUGGGGCUGUUCAUGAUUCUUCACAGCUGUUCCAUGCUCACGAGAAGGAACAAGGAAUAUGCUAGACAGAUCAACCACAACGGCGAAUACGUAAAUCCGGAUAGCAUUUCCGCCUUACUCUCGGGUGCCAUUACCAUGUUAGCACACUUCCAUGCUAACCAUGGGACUCACCUCUUUAAUCCAGCGACAUCGAGAUGUUUAAACCCAGGCCAAAUCGAAGUUCUGGCUAAAACCAGCAGAUUGGCUAAAGCGAAAACUCGGGUAUUUGCUACCAUACGAAAGGAGCGAAUGGUCUGGGAUGAUUUCUACUGGGUUUCACAGCUGUAUGAAACUAGAUGGGAGCCAGACAAGCAGCCUUGA